AUGCUCCUUGUCCGAUAUGCCGUUAUCCUCCGCCGUAGCCAGGUGUCCGCAUUGUCUCAGCUUCUCGAAAGCACGUUCUUUGUUUCGAAUACCGAAAACCCAACCGACGCCGCUUCAGCAUUUCACCUCGAACUGGGCCAUAGAUAUCUUCCCCAAGCCCAAUUCCAGCUAUGCGUCCAAUCACAUGACGAGGAGGAAUGCUCCCCCGGGCAUCUUUUGUCUAAUUUCAAUAAACCUGAGCUUGAAGAUGUCAAGAUUGACGUCGCGACAAUCAAAAACGAGCCUGCUCAGACCAGUGUCGAGACAAAGCUGGAGAUUAAUACAGACGCCGAGCCUUUAAGCUCCGAUGAAGAGGAAUCAAAGAGCUCCAAACCAGAUGAUGCUCAGCAUAUCAUUGAGAAAAGACCAGAUGUUGACACAUAUCCCGAACCUUUGCGCUCCGACGACGAAGUCGAAGACCCCAUGCCAGACAUCGCUCAACCUAGCAUCGAGAACAAGUUACAGAUUGAAUCAGAUACCGAAUCUCUCAGCUCCGCGCCUCUUAGUUCUCCUCCUCUUAGCUCCGAUGAAGAGGAAGCGGAAGACUCAAAAUCUAGCGCUGUUCAAUCUAGCUUUAAGAAACUGCCAGAUAUCGACACCGAUGCUGAUCCUCUAAGCUCUGAUGAAGAAGAGCAAGCUAGCGACAGCGAUGCUUUCCCACUUCGUAAAGGGGUGAACUAUGCGACUACAACUCUAGAAGAGAAGAUUGCGGAAGGAAACAAUGGGGCAUACAAUAGUUCACAAAGUCAUAAUGGAUACUCUCGCAAAGGCGCUUUUACGCGAACCUCCAGCGCUAUGAUGGGCUCUGAUGAUGAGGGACCAUUAUUCUCCUCUGGAUCCACGCAAAGCUACAAGCGGCGGAGGGCAACCAAAUAUGUGUCCAAGGCCAACUAUUUCAACAGGCCCUCUUUUGCCCCACGGUCGGCCGAGAAAGAGAAAGAGCCAUCGCCAGUCGAAGAAGCCCCCAAAGAGCCUGAGGAGACCUUUAUAAUGCCCAAGGACGUCGAAAAUUCGAGUUUCAGAGAACCUCGUGGUGGGGGAGAGUUGAACUCCAGUUUCUUGGACGGCCCAUACACAGCCGAGGAAUGUGCAGCAAUGUUACUUGACGAUGAUUCUCCACUCUCGUCCCCAACCUCUUCCACUUGCGAGGAAAUGCAAAUGUCGCAGGCCAAAGAAUCCGCAGCGAAAGAGAACCGCCAACCAUCACCGCCCCGUCCAGCCCUGUGCCCGAUGUGCCACAAGGAAGUGGAUUGGGCUUCGCUAGAAUUGUUUAAAUCACAACCGAAGCAACGUAUUCGUGAACAGAUGAUGUUCUGUGAAUCUCACAAACUGCGCAGUGCGAUGGACUUGUGGCGUGAGCGAGGGUACCCAAAAAUUGACUGGGAUGGAUUUGAAGAGCGUGUUCAGAGCUAUUUCCCAGAACUUGAAAAACUGCUUGUCCCUGGUGCUUUCUCUUAUUACCGAAACAUUCUCGGUACCUCCGCCUCUUUCGCCCCUGGGAAAGCGAGAAACUUCCGUGUGAGAGCGGGUGAUGACGAGAGGCUUAAUACGAUGACUUGUGGUUAUUAUGGCACCAUGGGUGCAACCAAAAUACUAGAGACCAUCAUCCGUCGUUUUUCUGUGGUUGUUCGUCGUCUGGCGACAACAGAUGAACUUAUCAAGACGGCAGGCGUAGCUGGCUACACACAGUCUGUUCUUGUGCCUGAGCUGGCUGUCCUCAUGGUCAAGGAUGACAUGAAAGUCAACGACGAAGAUGCCCGUCGGAUCAUGAGAGAGAGUAUGGAGAUUGGUGACAGAGUCAAUCCAGAUCUCAAUGUUGUCCCGGUAUCGGAUGACGUCGAUUCAUGA